CAGCUCGCGCUACGAACUGCAGCACCGCCACCGAGAUUCCCUCUUUACAGAAGACACACGCCUCCUGGAUAAAGACAACACCAGAAAAACAUUUGCAUUCACCAUGAAGUUUGUGCUUUUGGUCUCUUUGAUUGUUUACCUCACUGCAGAUGGAGAGUCCAUACCAGUUGAGCAGGACACCAGGAGAGAAGAUCUGCUUACCCAGUGUUUAAUUCAGAUCCUUUCUAAGACACUGUAUAAAACAGAUGCUUCUCCACUGCAUCCAGAAUGCAAAAACAUCCUCAAAGCAGAAACAGCUCAAGAGGAGGUGAAAAAAUCAAGCAAAGAGUCUAAAGUCAAGGAGAAGGAAAUCAUUGAGGAUCUUCUCAAAGCUGACAAAGAAAAUCACGAGGAGUUGAAUGAUGAACGAAGUCAGGAAGAGUUUCCGAGUUUUGUAAAAAGGAGAAUCCAAGAAAAGCAUGAGGAAGUGGACGAUGAACGCAGCCAAGAGGAUUUCCCAAGUUUUGUCAAAAGAAGACUCAAGGACAAACGUGAGGACACGGAUGAUGAACGAAGCCAGGAAGACUUUCCAAGUUUUGUCAAAAGAAGACUCAAGGACAAACGUGAGGACACGGAUGAUGAACGAAGCCAGGAAGACUUUCCAAGUUUUGUCAAAAGAAGACUCAAGGACAAACGUGAGGACACGGAUGAUGAACGAAGCCAGGAAGAUUUCCCAAGUUUUGUCAACAGAAGACUCAAAGACAAACGUGAGGAACAGGACAAUGAACGAAGCCAAGAAGACUUUCCAAGUUUUGUCAAAAGAAGACUCAAAGACAAACAUGAGGAGCAGGACAAUGAACGCAGCCAGGAAGAUUUCCCAAGUUUUGUCAAAAGAAGACUCAAGGACAAACGUGAGGAACAGGAAAAUGAACGCAGCCAGGAAGACUUCCCGAGUUACUAUAAAAGAAGCAGCAAAGAUAAAAGAGAAGAUCCUGAAGACGAGAGAAGCCAAGAGGAAUUCCCUCAGAAACGUCAUUUCUCCAUCUUCCACAAGGAAAAGCGUGAUAAUCCUGAUGAAGAGCGCAGCCAAGAGGAAUUCCCUCCAUACCAGUACAAAAGGAGUCAUCUUUUGAGCAAUAAAGACAAGCGUGAAGAUCCAGACCAUGAUAGAAGCCAAGAGGACUUCCCAAACUACACCCACAAACGAAACCAUGGGUAUGAAGAGGAGAAAGAAGAGGAUGAGGAAGAGACAGAAAAGCGUAUCUGGAAACCCUCACACAGAUACCACCACAAGAAAAAGCUCCACAAACGAGAUGGAGAUUCAGCCGAGGACAUGAACUCUGAGGAAUCUAAAGAGGUGGACGAGGAUAUCGUAAAACGAUCUCGGAGACCCUCUAGCAGAAACCAUCAUAAGAAAUACCACAAACGCAGUGGGGACUCAUCUAAAGAGGAUUAUGAGGAACAGCCCCUGGAAAAGAUGUACAAGAAUGCGGAGGAGAGUGAGGAAAUAGAAAAAAGGAUCUGGAAGCCAACAUACAGAUAUCACCACAAGUUUAAUCACAAGCGUGGCGACUCCAUGGAAUUUGGGGAUGAAGAUGAACCAAAGACUGCCCAUGAGCUAAAUGAAAAGAACCAUCCCUCAAAGAGCCAGGGUGAAGAAGAUGAGCAAAAAAGACACCAGAGCCCUGCAGAACAAGAGCAGGACAGGGAGGCUGCACUGAGGUACCUCACUAAGAGAAAAGAAGAGUUAGAGGAACGCCUACUCAACAAGGGCGACUUGUAUGAGAAACGUUCUCCUUGGAUUUACCAAGGAUACUACCAUCCAGCAUGGUUCAAGAGAAGCCAAGAUGUGAGUCAAAGUACUAGCCCCCAUCCUAAUAGUAACCUAGCAGAGAUUGCUGAGACCCUACGGGACAAAAGAGGUCUGUUUUCUCAAGAGGAACCACUUGGAGAGGAAAAGGAUGUGCCACAUCAGAAGCUUCUCACACCUGAAGAGGUAAAAGAACUUGAGAAACUGGCCUCUGUGGAUCAACAGAUGAACAAAGCAGCUUAGUUGAAGAACCAGCCACAAACCAGCAGAGACAUCAUCUUCCUGUGCAGCCAGUUUAGACUUUCCAUUAGCUUUAUGUGUGCUGAUUUGGGCUGCUUUAGUUAAUGCAUUAUUAAGUCUUACUCUAUUACAAUUACAAUGCAAACAUUGGUGUGAUGUCAACGUAUGUUUAAUGAGAGCAUCUAAGAAACAAGAACACGUCUACAAAGAGACAAAACUCUGUAUUCUUUAUGCUUGACAACAGCGUUCAUGUUAUUUAUUUCUUUAUUAAAUAACCUACAAGAACUAGAAAAAGAAAAAUGGCUGUUUAAUAUAACCUGCAGAUUUGAAAUGACACAUUUAAGAGCAUGAUACUUCAUACCUGUGAAAGUUUAAGUAUGUUAAAAAUAGCUAUCGUUUAAUGUUGUUCAAUAGAAUCGUCGCAUUCUUGAUCGUUUGCAUUUAAUAAAACGUGCUAUUAUGAAACCAAAGCUGAUAAAUGCACUUGUGUUUUGAUGUUGAAAUCCUACAAAAACAUGAAAUAAAUAUAUUGUUUACUGGUGUAACGAUAUACUUUAUGGUAAAUGGACUGCACUUAUAUAGCGCCUUUUUAACCUUAGCGGUAUUCAAAGCGCUUUACACUGCAUCUCAUUUACCAAUUCACACACUCACACACACACAAUGACGACAGAGCUGCCACGCUAGGUGCUAGCCUGCCAUUAGGAGCAACUUGGGGUUCAGUGUCUUGCCCAAGGACACUUCAGCAUGUGGAGUCAUGUGGGCUGGGAAUUGAACCGCCAACCCUGCGAUUAGUGGCCAACCUGCUCUACCACCUGCCGCCCCAUUUAUGAGCAAAAUUUGACAAAAGUGAAAAGGAUGCUGAAAACUUAAAAGCAUACUUCCUUUUCCACAUACAAGAUGGGAACAAUUUAUAUACAAAUUUU